ACGUUGAACUAUCGGCCUUGUUAAGUCAACAAUACAAAUUGUAUUUUGCUUUUCGUCGCCUUUCUUUCACUGAUUUUCAUGUUGUUAUUUACCUGAAAAACGUUGAAAAUAGUUAAUACUACCCAAUGAAAUAGAAGUAACAAUUUUAUCAAUUAGGUGUUUUGCGGUUUGUUUCUGUUAUAAUUAUUACUAUGGAUAAAUCAAGAUUUUCGAUGCUUCUUUUGGAACCGGGCGAAAUUUAUUUCGAAGACUAUUCAUGUAGUUUAAGUAACAAAGAAACAUUUACAGAAAAAAAUACCCAGCAAGGCCGCUUGAAACUUUGUUCCAAGUCGCUUGUUUUCGAGCCGCGUGACUGGACUUCACCACUUAUCAAGAUGCAUUUCAAGGAUUGUGUGGAUAUAUCCGUCGCAAACCCUACGUGUUACGAUUCAAACAAUGUUAUUAGAGUGAAAGUGAAGCAAUUUGCAGAAAUGCUAGAAGAGAACGUAUUGGCUCCUUAUAAAUUUAUAUAUGAGGAUAGAGAGUUCUAUGUUUCCUUUGAUUUUGCAUCAGCUGAUGAGUGUUUGGGGCAGAUGCAGCAGUUGCAAAGAGCAUCGACCCUUCAUGCACCAGAGCACAACAGUAUGGUGGCUACUAUCCUGCACUCUCGCUACAUGAGAAUGGUGUUUGACCCAGUGAUGAUGGAUGACUUCACAGAGGAGAUAGUAUGUGAACUGCAGGCUGAAAAGAUUUCCCCUCUAGUGAGGCAUCAAGGGAAACUGGCGCUUACCCACACCACACUAUAUUUCCAACCUUUUAGCAAUGUUGAAGGUAGUGCAAUACUGAAGUUAAAGCUUGGACAAUUGCGAAGAAUAUACAAGAGAAGAUUUUUGCUAAGGCAAGUUGGUUUAGAAAUAUACAGUUCAGAAGACAGUGCGGUGCCCCAUAUAUACUUGACAUUCCAGUGCGAAGAUGACAGAGACAGGAUAUUCAGGGUUUUGGAGGAAUCACCCAAUGCACAAUUUCAAACAAUGCAUGCUGAAGAAAUGAUCCUUCAGUGGCAGAAUGGAAUUGUAUCAAAUUAUGACUACCUGAUGUAUUUGAAUUGCCUUGCAGAUAGGAGUAAAAAUGAUCUCACUCAAUACCCAGUAUUUCCUUGGGUAAUAGCAGACUACAAGUCGGAAGUUCUAGACCUGAACAAGACUGAGACAUUCCGUGAUCUAUCCAAGCCCAUGGGGGCAUUGAACUCUGACCGGCUGGAGAGACUACAGGAGAGGUAUCAUGAGAUGUCUGAUCCAAAGUUUUUAUAUGGAUCACACUAUUCUGCUCCUGGAUUGGUGCUGUUUUAUUUAGUUCGUAAAUAUCCACAAUACAUGUUAUGUUUACAAAACGGAAGAUUUGACCAUCCAGAUAGAAUGUUUAAUUCUGUUAAAGAUGUUUAUAAUAAUUGUUUGAAGAAUAUGUCCGAUUUUAAGGAAUUAGUCCCAGAGUUCUACGAUACGGAUGCAAAAGGCGAUUUCUUAGUGAACAAAUACGAGAUUAAUUUCGGGGAGCGCCAUGACGGGAGCAAAGUGAGCGACGUAGCGCUCCCUCCCUGGGCCUCCUCCCCUGAGGACUUCGUGAACAAACUCAGAGAAGCAUUAGAGUCUGACUAUGUCUCCAGACAUCUGCAUCUCUGGAUCGAUCUCAUAUUCGGAUAUAAGCAGAGAGGUGAAGAGGCUAUCAAAGCUAACAACGUGUUCCAUCACGUCUGUUACGAGGGCUCAGUAGACCUCGAGCUCAUUUACGACAUGAACGAUAGACACGCCUUAGAAGUACAGAUCAUGGAGUUCGGACAAGUGCCAAAGCAGCUGUUUACCAAACCACACGUUAGAAAGAUCUCCCGUCAGGUCUCGAAACCUUUGUCCAACUCAGAAGAACCAAUUACUUAUAGAAUGGAAUGCCUUGAUACCAUAAGUUUGCACAAAGAAGCGGUUACCUGCGCCCUAAGGCAAGGGAGUCGAAUAAUUUCUGUAGGUAAAGAUGGUACGCUCAAAGUGUACGAUAUACAGCAGAAGAAACAAAUAAGAAGUAUUAUUUUGUGUGAUACGCCUCUGAGCCAGUGUGUGAUGGUUGAUGAGAAUAUCGUCGCUGUUGGUUCUUGGAACAAUGAGAUAUAUCUAUACGACGUUGAAUACGGCAGAGUGGUGGAAAGCUUCCGUGCUCACGACGAUUCCGUGAGCUGUCUAUUAUGGCUAGAGAAAGAGCGGUUGCUGAUAUCUGGCGGGUGGGACGGAGUGGUACGCGUGUGGGGUAAUGUUGGGAGGACGGGCCAGGCGCUCCGAGGGCUCAAAGCCGAGUUCGAUCACGAUGGAAACGUCACCUCUCUCACUUAUAGACGGAGGCGACACGAGAUCGACAUAAUAGCGACAACCACUGACGGGGAGGUGUUCGUGUGGGAGCUGAACAAUAAGGGUUUAGUGAACAAGAUGCAAGUCCACGAGAUACCAGUGACUGCCGCGCGCAUGUUACCGGCCGACCGACUGGUCACCAUCGCUGAUGACGGCCUCUGUGUCACCGAUCUGGCCGUCUUACAUUCUGUAUAUCAGAAACAGCUAUCGGAGCCAGCGUCGGCGGUGUGGUCGGCGGGAAGCGCGCUGUGGCUGGGCGGCGCGGCGGGCUCGCUGCGGCACUGGGACAUGCUCACAGUCACGCAGUUACUGCAGCACCAGGCGCACGAUGAUUUAAUCCAUAGCGUGUAUUUCGAUGAGGCUUCCACCACGCUGGUGACAGCAAGCAGAGACAAAACGACCAAACUGUGGCUCCUUACACCCACAUCCUGACGCACCAGUGUCUCCCUACAACCACGAAGUGGGAAAGAGAAGUUGGCGCAUCAUUUCGCUAAGAAAAAACAUUUGCCAACACACGGGAUAAAAGAGAAGUGCGGGGAAAGCAUACAUGAACAGCCUAAUCCGUCCCACUACUGCAGUAGUUCCCAACCUUUUUGGACUGGAGACCUCUUCGAUGUGGUUUUCAUUAGCAGCCAAGUUGCAAAGUAAACUGUGUCAAUUCAACAAUUAAAUCUUUAUUUCAUUCUAAGUUUGAAAUCUUUCAAGGGCCAUAUUUUAGCUCUCGUGGACCACCAGUGACCACAACCACCCCUAGUGGACCACUUAGUCGUUGGUGGUUGAGGACCACUGCACUAGUGCGCACAGGCAUCACCACAAUCCACCGGAAGGGGUAUGCAGUAUGUUGUACCAAACUGCGCUGUUCCACUGCGGGUUAUUACAGGUAUUUGGGCUUGGAGCCAACCCAUUCCCCACCUAAAGGUCUCGGACUUAACAACUAUGCUCUUCAAUAGGUGCCCUUCGAAGCACGGUCAGGAGUCAGGAACCCAAAAGGAAAGCUAUUCGAGCUACUCAUCCAAAAACUGACCGCUCCUGAUGUUGCUUUAAUUUGUUGAUCGGUGUGAAUUAACAAGUACAAAUGUCCUAAAGGCUCUUUCGUAAUUCGUAAACCCCUGUUCCCUUUUCGGUUGGAUUGUUCGUAACGUAACCACACCCCGGACACUUCAUAAAAAAACUCGUUUCACACAAACACUACAUUAACAUUAUCGUACACGCGCAUCUGUGUGUGUGACGACUGACGCCCGUACUAUUGAAGACUAAAGAAAGACGGAGGGGGGUGAGGUGAGGUAAACCUAGCUCGGCCACUGGUGGGGAGCGUUCUUUACGUAGUACUUCUUAUUCUAUGGUGUCCGUAACAUGAAUACGCCAACCUCUCUUAUUCCUUCGUGCCACCAGUAUUACACAAAUCAAUAUCAAAUUCUACACAUUUUUUUUUUAAUAUUUCACGACCGAAACGGUCACUAAAUUUGUGAUAUUAUUAAUUACUUAUUCUACUAAAAUGUAUUAUUUAGGUUUACAAAAUUGUAUUUUUAAGAUUAUUAUUAUUAU